AUGUGUUGAAAGUUAUCAUGUGAUAACACUUAAAGGGAAAAAAGCCCUUGUUGUUAUGCGUCCCAUAUUUUUUACAUAAUUUCCAUCUCUCUGACAUUGUCCGAACAUAUAUUUUAGUGGAAAUUUUAUCUUUUAUAAAAGUACUUAUUAAAAUGUUCCUGAAAAAUUUAUCGUCGACUCUUAAACAGAUUGCAAGUCAUUCUUGCAAAUUUAAACAUGUUGCAACAUCGAUGUUAAAUUUUAAAAGCUACAGAUCUAAAUUUUCAACAACGGUUAGGGGAAAUUUUAACAAAUUGACUGAGAAAGACAUUGAUUUCUUUCAAUCAUUAUUAGGACCCACCAGAAUCAUCCAACACAGCGAUGAUCUGGUCUGUUACAAUACCGACUGGUUGAAAAGCCACAAAGGAACAAGUUCCCUGGCUCUCCGUCCCAAAACUACUGAGGAAGUCUCUGAAAUAGUGGCAUAUUGCAGUAAAAAUAAACUUGCUGUAUGCCCACAAGGUGGCAAUACUGGAUUGGUUGGAGGAAGUAUACCAAUAUUUGAUGAAAUUGUUGUAUCUAUGAGUUUGAUGAAUAAUAUUUUACACUUUGAUGAUAGUACAGGCAUUCUGCAGUGUCAAUCGGGAUGUAUUUUGGAAAAUUUAGAAAAUCUUGUCAAUGACAAAGGAUAUACUGUUCCCGUAGAUUUAGGUGCAAAAGGUUCUUGUCAAAUUGGAGGGAAUAUUUCUACAAAUGCUGGUGGCUUAAGAUUUGUUCGUUAUGGAUCAUUGCAUGGUAAUGUCAUUGGUCUUAAAGUGGUGUUGCCCAGUGGUGAAAUUCUAGAUUGCAUGAACACUAUGAGGAAGAACAACACAGGAUAUGACCUAAAACAUUUGUUUAUUGGUUCAGAAGGCACUCUAGGAGUCGUUACUGAAGCAGCUAUUCUUUGCUAUCCUAAGAACAGUGAAACAGCUGUGGCAUUUCUUGGAUGUAAUAGUUUUGGAGAUGUUUUAAGCUGUGCAAAAAUAGUCAGACAGAAAUUAUCAGGUCUCUUGACAUCUUUGGAAAUGUUAGACAAUCAAGCUGCUGAUACUUUGAGAGAUAAUUUGAAAAUUAAUGUUCCUAUUUCAGAACAUCCAUUCUAUGUACUCAUAGAAAUAUCUGGUUCUGAUAGCGAGUAUAAUGAAAAAAAGUUGAAUGAAUGUUUAACUCUUUUGAUGGAGAAGAAUCAUGUAAAUGAUGGAACUAUAGCUACAGAGCUCAGUCGAAUAAAGGCUGUGUGGUCAGUUCGCGAAAGAAUAACGGAAGCAUUGCUUCAAGAAGGCUAUGGCUACAAAUAUGAUAUAUCUUUACCUCUGAAUGAUUUUUAUAAAGUUGUUGAAAUCAUGAGAGAGAGACUUGACAAGAGGGUGACCCGUUGUGUAGCAUAUGGCCAUUUAGGGGAUGGAAACUUGCAUUUUAAUGCAACUACUCGGACUUUUGAUCCUGAAGUGUUGUCUCUCAUUGAGCCUUUCAUUUAUGAGUAUACAUCGAAAAGAAAUGGCAGUAUUAGUGCUGAACAUGGAAUUGGUUAUAAGAAAACAAAAUAUCUGCACUUCAAUAAAACGCAAACAGCAAUAAAUUUAAUGAAGUCAAUGAAGGCAUUAAUGGAUCCACAAGGAAUUCUUAAUCCAUACAAAGUCUUACCUUGAAUGUAAUUAAAAAAUUGUUCCUUGUUAAUUUUGCUUUUUUUCCCCCUGAUGUGCAUAUGUUCAAAAAAAUUAUUACUGUAUUAUUGUGA